AUGGCGGCCUGGCGGUUAAGUUGGUGCGUUCGCAGCCUUUCGGCGAUUCGAGGGCUCCAGGCUACCCACCGUUGCUGGAAAUCGAGCUCUUCUGGGGCUGUGAUCGCUCGUCCUGCUGUGGCGGAAAAGAAGAAGAGAGAACCGACCGUGCACUGGAUGGAGGAUCCAGACCCCGAGGACGAAAACCUCUACGAGAAGAACCCAUACUACCAUGGUUACGACGACGACCCCGUGGUGGACGACUGGAAUAUGCAAGCCGUCUUCUUCUUUGGUUUUUCCAUCGCCCUGGUUCUCGGCACCACCUUUGUGUCUUAUGUGCCCGACUACAAUAUGGCCGAGUGGACCCACCGGGAAGCCGAGAUGCUCGUGAAACACCGAGAAGCCAACGGCCUCCCCAUCAUGGAAUCCAACCGUUUUGACUCCAGCAAGAUCCAGCUGCCGAAAGGUGACUGA